UAUGGUAGUCUUACUAUAAAUAGGUUAGUGAUUCUUGUACGUAGUGUUUUCAUAAACGUUUAAAGACACCCGUAGUAGUUGCACAAUGUUAAAGUAAUUUAUAAUUUACUUGAAAUCGAUUAAUGAAACAUAGUAUUGAAUUGCUGUAAAUAGUUUAGGUAAUCAUUUAUUUAUACUUUGAACACACCGAUUCAUAAAUCCGCAUCACCGUGACGGUAUAAUGACAGAAGAAGGGAAGAAAAUCUCUUUUGGUUUUGCGAAGUCUAUUAAGAAGCCUGUUCUGAAAAAUACUGUGCCACAGGAAGCGAAGAAAGUAGAUUACAUAGAAUGUCUUGAUGAGAAGGGUAUCAAAGUAAUUGGUGAAGAAGAGAAAAAGGAUGAACCGUUGGUCAUUCCGUUACUGGGGUCAAGAACCUGGCACGAUAGAAUUGUUAACAAAAUUGAUGCCGAUAUUUUUGAGCCUAAGGUAACAAAGGAAGAGGCGAUAGAAGUCAAACAAGAAAGCACAACAGAGUUAACAAAUGGGAAUGCAUUGCCGAAAGAUCUUCCUACGAUAAAACAAGAACCAAUAGAAGAGAAUGAAAAUAAUGUUGUUACUUUGGAAGAACAAGCUGCUAAAGAAAUCAUAGAGGACCUAAAGUCUAAUGAAAAAGAAAAAACUGAAACAAAGUCAUUAACCUUACCGGUAGUGGAGGAUCAGACCUUACGGGGUCAAGAACAGUCUACAUUAGAGGACUAUGAAAAAAUUCCUGUAGAUGCUUUUGGAUUAGCAAUGUUAAGAGGAAUGGGCUGGCAACCUGGCAAAGGAAUUGGUAAAAAUGAAAAAAUUGUGUCUGCUGUUGUACCAGAGCUACGUCCGAAAGGCAUGGGACUUGGAGCAGAUAAAGUAGCAUUACAAAAGAAAGAUACAGACACUAAGAAACAGGAAGAAGAGCUAAAAAUGGAAAAAGGCACGUUCGUGAAAAUCAUAGCGGGAAAACAAAGUAAUAAUUACGGCCAGAUAGAGGGAUUCGACGACGAUGCGGGAAGACUUAUAAUAAAAUUAGCUCUCGGAGGAAACAUAAUAUCUGUGAAUGAAUUCAUGGUGCAGCCAGUAACUAAGUCAGAGUAUUCGAAGAAUGCGAAAGUUCUAACCUUUCGUUUAGCGCUAGUACAGCUCGCAGUCGGUGAAAAUAAAUCGGCGAACGUAGCGCGAGCUGUUUCGUUCGUCGAACGCGCAAAACAACAAAAAGCUGACAUUGUUGCGCUUCCUGAGUGCUUCAACUCACCCUACGGGACAUCGCAUUUCGCGAAAUAUGCGGAGAGCAUUCCCGACGGCGAAACGAGCGUCGCGUUGUCGGCAGCAGCGAGAAAGAAUGACAUUUACGUGAUCGGUGGCACGAUACCCGAAAGGGAAGCCGAUAAAUUGUACAACACGUGCACCGUUUGGUCGCCUGAUGGAACUCUAGUGGCGAAACACAGGAAGAUGCAUUUAUUCGACAUCGACAUCCCAGGAAAAAUGACGUUCCGCGAGAGCGACUCGCUCAGUCCCGGGAACUCGUUGACCACGUUCGAGGCGAAGGGCUGCAAGAUAGGGAUUGGCGUUUGCUACGACAUCAGGUUCGAGGAAAUGGCGCGUCUCUACCGGAACAAAGGUUGCCAGAUGCUGAUUUAUCCGGGAGCGUUCAACAUGACCACCGGACCUCUGCACUGGUCGUUGCUGCAGCGUUCCAGGGCGAACGACAAUCAAUUAUACGUCGCCUGCGUCUCGCCAGCCCGCGGCUCCCCACCUGGCUACGUCGCCUGGGGCCACAGCCAGCUAACCAACCCCUGGGGAGAGAUUCUUCACGAGCUGGAUGCCGGCGAGGACAUGAUAGUCGCGGAUAUAGAUCUGAAGAUCGUGGAUGAGGUGAGAGCUCAAAUUCCGACGUACUCUCAGAGACGCACCGAGCUGUACGAUACGAUUUGGAAGAACUAAAGUGCUUAGAACGGUUGUUCUGAAGGUAUGGGAGUUUCUAUGCUUUUGAUACGGGAAUACAAUCGAUGAGAUUAUUAUUAACUUACCUGUGUAAAGGAGUGCGGGGACAAUAAAAGGUAACGCUUCGAUUCAAGUAUCUUUAAUAUCGAUCAAAUGAAUUAUUAUAAUCUGUAAUCGUUUACGGAAUGAUUACUCGUACAUGAAAGGCCCCUCGAUGAUAAAACGAUGUAAUCACAAUCAAAGGUUAUUUUAGUUACGAGUCUCGUAGCAAUAUUAAAUCUGUCCUCUCUAAAUAUUUACAUUCAAAUAAAUGAAUAGAUCUGUCUUUCACAUGUAAACGUUAGAUUCGAAGUGUUAAGCUUAAGAGAAAUUGGUCGAUUAAUGUCGGAUCGAUUAUACAAUGUUUCUCGACGGAGAGUCAAAGAGGCAAAAGAUUCUCGACGGCGAUGGGAACCGUUUAGUCCGGUGGACCGUCUCGGCUGUUCGCCAGCUGGAAUUGGUUUCACGCUCUCCCGGUUUGCACGCGGGAAGGUCGCGGCCGCUACGACGGAUCCCGGUCAGGAACGCGCCGAGACGGCGCCAAACUUUCGCGACCGAACUUUGAGGAACUGCAUUUCUUCGCGGCGUCGUCCACGGUGACAUCCGUUACGCGACCUUGCAAGGAAAACACACGUAACGCGUGCACGGUGCCGAUCAAUUUCAACUUUCCUCGUGGAACAGGCUCAUACCUCUUUGAAAGUCGAACAGUCCGUGAUUCGAUGCCUCCUCGCCUGCGACGGAUGGAUUCGUAUGAGAUUCAUAUUGGAUUCAUCACGGAGAACUGCU